AUGUGGCUCUCCAUCUUCGGAUCUGACAUUGUCAUCUUAUGCCAUCCUCGACCACCCCCCGAGGACAGUAUCUCCGAACUGGCCUGGUCGCCUAUCGCCAACCAUCUCGCCGUAUCGUCCUGGGACCACAAUGUACGGAUUUACGAUGUGACGCGCUCGGUCAAGGGCGAAGGCAAGGCGAUGUUCUCCUUCGGCGGGCCCGUCCUGAGUUGUGCCUGGUCGCCCGACGGCUCCAAGGUUGUGGGCGCGGGGGCCGACGGGUCGGCGCGUCUCGUAGAUCUAGCAAGCGGCAACCCCACUACAGCUCAGGCCCAGCAGGUGGCGCAACAUGACGCCCCCGUGCGCAGCGUGCGCAUGGUCCAAAUUCCCAACAGUCAGGCGCCGAUCGUCGUCACCGGGUCGUGGGAUCGCACCGUCAAGUACUGGGAUCUACGCCAGUCCACCCCGCUUGGCGUCCUGGAAUGUCCCGAGCGAGUGUAUGCCAUGGAGAUCUGCCAGGGCCAAUUGCUGGUCGCCUUGGCCGAUCGCCAGAUCAGCCUCGUCAAUCUCAACCAGCCCACUACCGUCUUCAAAACCCUACAGAGCCCGUUGAAGCAUCAGACGAGGACCAUCUGCUGGAUCCCCGACGGGUCCGGCUUUGCGGUCGGCAGCAUUGAAGGUCGAUGCGGUGUCAACUAUAUUGACGACGCCAAAAAGCAAUCAAACUUCACCUUCCGAUGUCAACGCACCCCCAAAGACAACGACCCCAAGAACCAACUGGUUUAUUCGGUCAAUGCAGUAUCCUUCCAUCCGCGCUACCACACCUUCAGCACUGCCGGCUCCGAUGGCACCUACUGUUUCUGGGACAAAGACGCCCACCAUCGGCUCAAGUCGUUCCCUGCCGUCGGACACAGCAUCACCUCUACCGCCUUUAACCUCGACGGCAGUAUCUUUGCCUAUGCGAUCGGCUAUGACUGGAGUAAAGGGUACGCCUACAACACGCGCGAUUAUCCGACUAAGAUCGCCUUGCACCCGGUGUCCGACGCCGAAUGUAAGCCGAAGGCGACCACGACCACUCGGAGGUGA